AUGGUAUACAAUUCGUUGACUGAGGCUCCCCGCAACCUCAAGGAGGGCAUUGACUGGUUGAUGGCCCUGAAGGCAACUGAUGCCGAAAAGAGCUUGAAGGCUAUAGGUGACGCAGUUUACAAAUUUCUCGCGGACAAGCCGGUUGGAAAGACGGAAGUGACAGCCCUCGAGAAAGUAAAAAGCAUUUCGAAGAAGUUCCUGGAGCAAGGAGAACUUAAGAACGAGCCAUUCGUGAAAGGUCUGCUGUGGAGAUUCAAUGAGGGUAGUAGUGGGACGCCAGAUGCGCCGGAGUCUGAGAAAUCGCCAGAGUCUGAAAAAUCGCCGGAGUCUGGGAAAUCGCCGGAGUCUGGGAAAUCGCCGGAGUCUGGGAAAUCGCCGGAGUCUGGGAAAUCGCCGGAGUCUGGGAAAUCGCCGGAGUCUGAAAAAUCGCCUGAUUCUAAGGAAUCGCCUGACACUUCCAGUUCGUCUGAUUCAUCGGGGUCUGUAUCUGAGACGAUUGGAAAUAUCGCCCUAAGCGAUUAUGAGAACAUCGUACAGAGGACACGUCUCGGUCCUAAAGACAUCGCAAAGAACAUAGGUCAAGUUCUGGAUGGUUGUGAGAAGUUCUUGGAUGAUAUCAAAGUUCCUGAUCAGUACAAGUCUGCUUACAGUUCGAAAGCAACGUGGGCGGAAUCAUGUUCUAAAAAACCGGAAGAUUGCGCAGCAGUCCUCGUGGGUAUUGCGCCAAUGUUAUACGCGGGUCUGCGUUCUUUGAGAGUUGUCAGCUAUGCUCCAACGUGGAAAUGGCCAGAUUCUGAUGUGAAGACGCGUUUGGGAGAGGUAUUGAAGGCUUUAGGAUACGAAGAGGCUGACCGCCGCGAGGGUCUGAGUCGUUCAAAUAUUCGCAAGGCGUUGAGAGGUGUAAAAGUGCGAAUAUUGGACAUAAUCUACGACCUCUCCGGAUUUUGGGCUUUCUAUGGAUUCGAUGUUGUAGGGGCUCUGAAGGCUGAACAAGCUGCAAAAUCUGCGGCAGCUGCACCAGUUGCACCAGCUGCACCAGUUGCACCCGCUGAACAAUCUUCAGGAUCUGACGAACCUGAAGGUGUAGCUGUAGAGGGUGACAAAUCUGAAGAAAGUGAAGAGAAUAAAAACGGCGAAGAAUCUAAAGAAUCUAAAGAAGCAGAUAAACAGUAA